AUGCCGUACGACUCUUCAGUCUUACCAGGGGGGGAUCGGGGGAUGCUCAGGGACUUUGUGUGCCAUCGUAUUAUUGGACCAAAACGUCAGGUUCGAGGCGGUCGGCUCCCUGGGCGGCCCUCGUCGUCUGGUUGUGGGUGA